AGUCAUUAAAAGGCGCAGACCACGGGCGGAUUUAUUAGCCCAGUAAACCACAACACGUGCCAGCUCGCGCUCUCUGGAAACAAAAGGGUCCUCCGUCAACUUUACGCUUGGGGUUUGGGAAGGCUGGGGAGGAUGAGAGCGGUGAGGAUGGAGCUGGUGGCUCGUGUCGUGGGGAAGCAGCAUCGCCUCCGUUAACCGACGCUCUCCAUCGCGGUCAGCUCACGUAAUUCGGUGGCAGCGACGGAAUUCGAGCACGGGGGUAACGAGAGCACCGAGCCGAGCUCACGGCGUUUCAUCGCAGGAGCCUCCGCUUUUUUUCACCCGGGUGUCUGCCAUGAUAAAUCAGCUGCCGUUAGCCUGAAUAACCGCAUUCACCGAAGUUACAGUAGGAAACUUGUCUGGGGUGGACACUGUGCCAUUGCUCUGCAGACAGCAGCCGGUGCCGGUCGCUGGCGUUGCGCUGAAAUAUUGCAUUGAUCGCUGCUCCGAAGCUCGUCUGGCAGCGUACGGAGCUUGAUCACAGCGGGAGAGAGCCAAGCGAAUACCGGGAGAAGAGGCACUGUGGAAAGGAAAAAGCAUCCUGUGCUCCCCCAGCCCCGCAGUGAACAGCAGCGUGUGCCACCCCUGUGCGAGACAGAGCUGGGGAAAAUAAAGGUCAACAACAAUGCAGCUCCUGGCCCGGUUCAAUUUGCUGCUUCUCCUCCCUUGUUUUGGUACCACCAAAAGCUGCUUCCCUGGCUGCCACUGUGAAGUGGAAAGCUUCGGUCUCUUCGACAGCUUUAGCUUGACCAAGGUGGACUGCAGUGGAAUAGGCUCACAUAUUGUUCCCGUCCCAAUCCCUCUGGAUACCUCCUACUUGGAUCUGUCAUCAAACAAACUGGAAACAAUCAACGAAUCAAUGCUCACAGGCCCUGGAUACACCACCUUGGUGAGCCUCGACCUGAGCUACAACAAAAUUGCCAAGAUUUCCCCCACAACCUUCUCCAGGCUUCGGUACCUGGAGUCCUUGGAUCUGAGUCAUAACUCUCUGGAAGUCCUUCCAGAGGACUGUUUCUCCAGUUCUCCUCUGGGUGACAUAGAUUUGAGCAAUAACAAGCUUUUGGAUAUAUCUAUGGACGUUUUUGCCUCAAAAGGUCAAGGAAAACCCCUGAAUGUGGAUCUAUCCUACAAUAUGCUCAGCGCCAUCACGAGGCACCAUGAAAAGAGCAUCCCUAACAUCCAGAACUUAAAUCUUUCUGGAAACAGGCUAACAUCUGUGCCAAAUCUCCAAGGGAUUCCUCUCCGAUACUUAAAUCUUGACGGGAACCCUCUACUCAGAAUUGAGAAAGGAGACUUCGCAGGGCUGAAAGAUUUGAUUCAUUUAUCCCUCAGUGGCUUGCAUGGAUUUGGAGAAUUAUCUCCUUAUUGCUUCAAGGAACUACAAGCCCUCCAAGUUCUGGAUUUAUCGAGCAAUCCCGACCUGAAGUCACUGACUGCUGAAGUCAUCUUUGGUCUGAAUUCACUACAAGAGCUCAACCUCUCCGGGACAGGUGUGUCAUCCUUGCCAAAGACUGCACUGAAAUACCUGCCUUCCAUCAAAAGCAUCACCCUGGGGAAGAACAUACAGUGUCUUAAGACCAUCAAAGAAGGACAGUACCACCGACAAAUUGGGCUGACCAAAAAAGAGGUCCUCAGUUGCCAUAACAGCCAUGGGUCCGUAGCAGCAGCAUCUUACGUUUUGUGAUGAAAGCCGGGGAGAAGGGGCAGGGAAGGGAGGGCAGGGGGGGCGUGGGAUUUGUACAGGUGUCGGACUGAGAUGGUUUGCAGUGUGCCUUUUGUAAAACUGUCAAUAAUUUAUAUAUUUGUAUACGCCAACAUUGAUCGUGGAUUUUUAUAAACUCUCAAAUCCCGGCCCGCAUCAUCUGCAGGCUCCAGAUUCUGCCCAGUGUGUUGAGGUCCCACAAUAGCUCAAGAGCGGUGAUGCUGGACAAUGAGGACCAAGCUGCUCUGCAGGUCCCAGGGCAGAACAGCUGGUCUGGAGCAAACCUUCAUGCCCCGGACACGUUUGUAGGAGCAAAGCUACACCUGUCCAGAGCACACACCAAAAUGUACUGACUCCGUAGCUGCUUGCUUACAAGACCAUGCACCAUCCUUUUUUAUUUUUAAUUAUUACUCCCCAAGAAGUGCCUUCUGGAUGUUGCCUUCAUUAGCAGCACCCUGUUCCCUGUCACGCACUUUCGGUCUUGAAGAAACAUUUCCAGGCAAACCUGAAUACAGGGUGCUCCUAAUGUGCUGCUUUUUCCAUGUCAUUUGCAUAGGCGUGCAAUGAACAUUGAGUAAGUCAAGAACUUUUCCCACAGCUUUAUCCCUAUUUUCCCAUCUUUAUCCUUUCUUUGCAUCAAAUUACUUCAGGUCCAACCUUGGCAACCUCUCAUCUCUCUAACCUUGGUGAGAUAUUGCUCAGAGAUGAUGUGCAGCAGAGCAAGGCAAGCAGAGGGCUCUGCCAACAGCCGCAUCUCACCCAGGAACCAGCCUCUGAUGAAGCAAAUUAACUGAGCUGCCAAGUGAAGAGAUCACAUAGCCCAGCUUAAAUGUAAAAAAAAACAACCCUUUCUCCCUUUCUGGGGAAGCUUGGAAGAAAACCUUGGCAGGGAUUGUCAUCUUGAUGACCUUAUCAAACCAAGACGCAGCCCCAAAGGACAUGAGAUUAAGCUGUUUCUGUGCUGACGUCCCCAUCUGAAUGUAACAUCUGCAACUCAGCUGGGCUCAUGGGGCAAUUUCCAGCACCAAUACACUCUACAGAAUGUGCCAGGAGAAGAAUUAACACUGACGCCUGCAAACCUGGAGCGCUUUGCCUAUCAGGGGAAAGAUCUCGUUUGGGUUUUUUUUUGUUUUUUCUUUUAUUUUCAGAGUUGUGGCUUUUCUUUCUCUCACACAGCUCCUUGGUUGCCAACCCAAAUCUGAUAAAAAACCCGGUCCUCAGAGAUUUAUUCAUUUUUCCCUCCAUUGCUGAAAUGCUGCCAAAGCAAAGGGGAGCAUCCGUCUUCUUCUCCAAGCCAGGAGACAGUGGGGGAAGGCAGCACAGCACGACCCAGUGCUGUGUGUGAAACCCUCAACUUGCUUACAGAAGCUCAUGCAAUGGAGCUGUCUGCUGUUUAUAUCUGGCAUAAAAUGUCCUGGGCAUGCGAAGAUGUUGUGGAUGAGGGUCCUGCUCGGGUUGGUCUGCAUCUUGGUCUCUCAAUGCAGCCUUGCAUCAAGGCAACCUUCAACGUGUAAGCUGGUUUAGAGAGGUCCAUGCAAAGGUGAUGCAGGUAUGAGCCCAUCCCACAACCUUCCUUGGGAGUGUUGGAAGCUGCUCAAGCUUCAUCCUCACACUCCCAAAGGUCUUUGCAAAUGGAAACCCUGUUGCCCCAAGGAGGUGUCUCCAGGGAUGACUGAAACCCACUGAGCCCAUAAAAGCCAGAAUCAACACCUCACUUUGGAUACUGAAAUCACUCUCUCACAUUUUCAUCCAUCACCUUUUCAAUCACAGAUUUUAAGGUGGGAUUUUAGGCCUUUCUUUCAGUGCUGGGGGUUUUCCCCACUCUAGUGAUCAUUUGCAAUGCUCAACCAGCCUUCAUAAUCAUAAGAAACGUUGAUUUUCUUAAAAAGGCAACGGAACUGCCUGCAGGCAGGGAUCUGGAAGAGAACAGCAACCAACUGCAGUGCAAGAUGGGGGCAAUUGGGGAGGGAGGAGGUGUUUUUUAGUGGAUCUUGCCUUUUUAAGAGAAUUGUUUUCUGCUGGCAGAAAAUGUAAUUUUUAAAUAGUUGUUUAAUUUUAUACGUCUGUAUGUAGAUGAAAUGUUUCCAGGAUCACAUACUGUCAAAGUUACUGUCUUAGCUCCACUGUGGUAAGUUUAAAAACCAAUGUGACAAUCCAAUUGAAGACUGCAAGAUCUCCUUGUGUAAUCUCAUGCUAGCUGCUAGCUGAACAAGUGCUAGAAAAAGCUGGCAAAUACUGUCGAUGUGUUAGUUUGGUUUGGUGGUUGUUUUUUUUAAGAACCUCUGCAGCAUUGUAAGGCUUUGUGAUUAUUCACAAUAUAAUAAAGUGAUUUGGAGGAGAAUAAA